GGCGCUGUCUCACUGUCCCGUCCCCCGGCUGAGGGCGGGCGGCUCAAGAUGGCGCAGACCGUUAGUGUGGGGGAGCUGGGGCUGCAGCAGCUCGAGAUGCUCAAGGGGCAGCUGGAGCAGGAGGUGGAAUUCCUGUCCUCAUCCCUGGCCCAGCUCAAGAUGGUGCAAACCAAAUUCGUGGAGUCCAAGGAGUGCCUGAACGUUCUGCACAAGGGCAACGAGGGGAAAGAUCUCCUGGUGCCUCUCACCAGCUCUAUGUACGUGCCUGGCAAGCUCCAGGACGUCCGCACGGUCCUGGUGGACGUCGGCACCGGUUACUACGUGGAGAAGUCAGCCGACGACGCCCGGGCGUUUUUCAAGCGCAAAAUCGAAUUCCUGACGCGGCAAAUGGAGAAAAUCCAACCGGCCCUGCAGGAGAAGCACGCCAUGAAACAGGCUGUUCUGGAGAUGAUGUCGCAGAAGCUGCAGCAGCUGACGGCGCCUCAGGGGGGCCCGGCAGGACCCAAGGCGUGACCCCAAAACCUGCGGGGGGGGUUUGGGGGUGCAGCCCCCCCACCCCAAAAUCUGCCGAGUGUUUUGGGGUGCACCCCCCCCCCCCCCGUACCCCAAAUCCCCCUCCCCGUUUUGUACCAGUCCCUGCAAUAAAGCAGAGGCGGCUCCA